UGAGUAUUUUUGACCAUGGGAUCUCACCCAGUAGCUCCUUCAGCUUUUUGAAAUUGGCCUUCUUAAAGUCCAGAGUGCAUGUCCGACUACACUCAGUUUUCCCUUGCCUCUGUAUCCUGAAACCCAGGAUAACAUGAUCACUGCCUCCCAAGUUUCUGAAUACUACCACUUCUUUGAUCAGCUCCUCCCUGUUGGUGAGUACCAGGUCCAAUAUAGAUGAUCUGCUUGUUGCUUUUUCCAUCUUCUGGGAAAUGAAAUUGUUAGCAAGUCAAUGUAAAUCCAGGACUGCCAAUGUAAAUCCAGCACUCCCUGUCAGGGGGCCAAUUUGGCCAAUGAUGCCAUUUUCCCCAAAACAUUCCCACUGGUGUGCUGGCAAAGCAAGACCACCCACCUAUCAAUCAAUCUCCUGGUGUCAUCACGAUCUCAGAUGAUUAAUAUGUGGGUGGCUGUACCCAGUUAUCAAAUUUGGCCCACAGGGUGGGUGGAUAUUAAGAUCUGACCCACUAGGCCAAAAGGUUUACCAUCCCAUCAUUUUCUCCUCUAUAAACCCAAAAUGGUAUAUUGUUUGAUUUCUUUUAUAUUGACCUACACUUCGCAUAUUGCUUUGAGAUUCCUUUCUACUGUAUUUGAUUUUUAUGUCAUGCACACGGCAAUCUCCAUUUACGCAGGGCUUCUGUUUCCGGAAGACACGCACAAGGGAUUCCCUUCUUCUGCUCCCGCCCUGUCCCCUUUCAAUGCCGAAAAGGCACGCGUGUUGGCAGGAGAGCGUGUGCUGAUUGCACGCAAUUGGGGAAGAUGCCUGUGUUGAUUUUGAGAUCUUGUUUGAGAUUUGGUCCCCGUUUUGCACAUUGUUUUGACAGGCUUUUGUAAAGUACUGGACCUGCACAUUGUAUCAUGUUUUGAAACUCUUACAUAUGAUUUAUAUGUUCUGCACACCAAUCUGAAAUUAUUUAGAAUAUAAAAUGAUUAAGGAAUUUUCUAAAUGGAAUAAAAUAACAACAACAGACAAACAAAUCGAUAGCCGUUGCUCUAAAAUGUACCCAAAUUUCAAGAGUCUGUAAACCAGCUUGUGAAUCUCUGUGUAACCAGCAACUCUCUGGGUGCCAUCUCGAUUUCAAGUAUGUACAAGAACAGCUAUGUGAAAUACCUUCCUUUCUGGUCACACCUCUCUGUAUUUCUUGCUCCAAAAUACUGUGAUGUUGGGCCAGAGUUGAUAAGAUGAUCCAGAAGCUAGAAGGCUUUCAUUUUACAUGGAAAAACAACCAGCACCCUGCCAAUCUGCAAUGCAGAGCAACCUAUGAUGUCAUAGAGAACUUGACACAGUCACAAUGACCACCACAACUUGCACCAUCAAGCCAGUGGUGCUUCGGGCUCAGAGCAGGCUAUCCUUCCUAGGAGGAACAGGGCAGGAGCAGAACAUCUAACUCAGGAGGCAUGGCAUCUGAGCUGGAAAAGGCCUUCCACAGAUAUGCUGUGUAUGGAGACACAACUGCCACUGGAACUGACAUGACGGGCAAGAACUUCUCCAAGAUGUUGAAGGAGUGUGGCGUGAUGGAUGGGAAGCUCGUAACCAGCACCGAUGUGGAUAUCCUCUUCAACAAAGUCAAGAGCAAGGGUGCCCGCAACAUCACCUUUCCAGAGUUCCAGGAAGCCCUGAAGGAGCUGAGCACAAAACGCUUCAAAGGAAAGUCACCUGAAGAUGCUUUGGCAGCUACACACCAGAUGCUGGAAGGCAAAGAGCCAGGCAAUGUGGGGGUAACGAAAACUGUCGCGGCUGGUGCAGUGGACCGGCUGACAGACACCAGCAAAUACACAGGCUCCCACAAGGAACGUUUUGACGAAAGCGGCAAGGGCAAGGGCAUCGCAGGACGUGCUGACCUGGUCAGUAACAGCGGCUAUGUGGGUAACUACAAGGGGGCUGGAACCUACGACAAGUCCCACUAGAUGUGGGGCACAGCCUUCUGAAAACUCUGCCUGUUCCCACUGCCUUGGAAGGGUAGACAAUAAACAUCUGGCCUGAU